AUGACUGCAGCACUUCGGAUCCUCCAGUACGGCGUGCCUGCUGAUGCUGUAGACGAGUACAUUAGAAUCGGUGAAAGUACUGCAAUUGCCGCCUUAAAUUUUUUUACUAGAUCAAUUGUUGCUACCUAUGAAGCCGUUUACUUAAGAUCUCCAAAUGAAACAGAUGUCGCCAGAUUAUUGCAAGAGGGAGAGCAACGCGGGUUUCUUGGAAUGUUAGGGAGUUUGGAUUGUAUGCAUUGGCGUUGGUAUAAAUGUCCAAGGGCCCAAGCCGGUGCUUACACUGGACACUAUCACAAACCAACAGUUGUACUCGAGGUAGUUGCCUCCUAUGACUUGUGGAUUUGGAAUGCUUUCUUUGGCAUGCCUGGCUCUCUAAAUGAUAUUACCGUUCUUGACAGGUCGCCUUUAUUUGCUGAAUUAACUAGAGGACGUGCGCCUGUUGCCAACUACACCAUCAAUAAUCACGCGUACACCAUGGGAUAUUAUCUUGCUGAUGGUAUCUAUCUUCGUUGGGCAACGAUUGUGAAAGCAAUAUCUCAACCUCAAUGCGCAAAGAGGCAACUAUUUGUGAGGAUGCAGGAGGCAUGUCGGAAAGAUGUCGAAAGGGCAUUUGGAGUGCUCCAAGCACGAUUUAAUAUUCUCAGAGUGCCAGCUAGAGAUUUCCUACCGGUUGGCCUUUUACCCCUUGCAGAGACACUGCCCUCACCAACAGUUGGAUUGUUACCAACACUUGGAUUGUUGUUGUCUUCAAGAGAAAUGCAGUUUUCCAUAGGGGAAUCGGGGGCUGAAUUAGGGGGUUUGAUUAUGGAAAAUGGGUUCCCUAUUGGAUUAAUUCUGUUGUUUUCAAUUGAAUUUGGUGCCAAAUUCGUGUUGACUUUUGCUGAUCUGGCAAGUUUGGCAUUUGCUAUUUCACUUGCCAAAUUUGAGAACACAUAUGGCAUCUGCCAUCUUUGGCAAGUGGAAUAG